AGACAAAAACUCGAGAUUUGAGAGGUCUAUAAGAACCUCGAUGGGGUCGAGUUAAACAGCAGCAGAUAGUCUUGUCUUGUGCAUUGCGACUCUUAUGCAAUACUUGACCGGGUUGAGUAUUGCUCGGGUGGUGCCAGGUUUGAUACUAUAUUUUCUACUUCAUGCACCAUCGUACUAUAUAGACUAUACUAACAUUUUCUUAGUCUUAUCCUUCAAUAUGGCAAUCGAGAUAUCAAGGUCAGUGUUCUUCUCCCUGUCUCCAGCUAACGAUCUUGCCCUAGACUCGGGUUGAUACUACUAUCUAUAUUUCUCUCCCGUCUCUUCUAUUCCAUAGACACUACUAACACUUACUUCGUACUGAUCCAUUUAAUAUU